GUCUCUUACUGCAAGCUCUUGAGUCUUGACGUUUGUCUACAACUUUCUGUAAGUCUUUGCUGCCAACGAGACGAUGACAAUGCGCCAGCUACCUUUACGAGUGCUUUACACAGUCAACAGCUGUCCUCAAUACAUUCUUGCACGGUCCCCAUCUUCUGUGCAGGUUACUCUUUGCCCAUCUCCAUCUGCUGCAAAUGCGCAGUACGGCCUGGCACCACUUAAAGCAUGCUUAAAUGCUAUCUGCAACUCAAGCCCAGAGCUUCUCCUGGAUGAUUCCAGGGACUUUUCUAUAUACGUCCUGGAUCCAUUGGAAUCGCAAACCAUGCCAGCCCCUGUGGACUUUUCCCAAUCGAACGCGGCGUCUGCUUCAGUCUCGCAAGCAGCCCAACCGCGAGGAGUGGCCGUUGCGCUGGGGCUGAUGUCGUGGGCGCUCACAGCCGACGAAUCAGACGGCGUGACAGUUACUGGUACAAUUACAACGCUUGGCACCGGCCUUGAUGCCCUCGAAGUGGUCUUCGCUCUCCGAGAGUGUUAUCAGACUAAACACAUCCAGAAAUCUCACCUCUCCGACGCUCUAAAAUCUUGGAGCCAGCCACCCAAGACGUCGCACCCAAAUAAAUCAUUUACACCUGCCGAACCCACUAACUCCGAAGCCCCACCGUCGUCACAAGAACAAGGGAAACCUCUCACCAGAUCCGCCGAUUUUCCCGAGGUUUACAUCGGACCUCCCAAACGCGGUCGGGGCCGCCCUGAGGGGACGAAGAAGAAGCCCAAGCAAUCGAAAACACAAAAACCUCAUGUAUGGCCAGCAGCACCACCAUUUAUAUGCGCGCCGCUCGUACGACCACAGCAGCAAGAGGUGGAAGCAGCCCCUGCCCAUACACCUACUUCUUUACUUACAUUACUGUCUGCCCUGUCUACUGGGAGAAACAAUACAGCCCUUCUGGCAGCUCUUUCGACGGUAGAUUCGACACCGUCGGGAUCUGAGCCGAGCCCAGCUCUACUAAAUGCACUUAGGGAUUUGCUGGCAGCACAAAGUCAAAAUCAGCAGCAACCGUCCCACGCGCUGCAGCCUGUCUCGCGGAACAAUCAUGAUGACGAUAUUGUUAUACUGGAAAAAGAGCACGUGGAUCCGACUGCGUUCCGACGACGGGUGGAAAGGGAGGACUCGAGCAAUUUAGUCACGACCACUGCGGAUGAGUCGGAAACAACCCCUCUGCGCCAGCGUCGUGCCCACAUUCCAUCUGGCGGAAAAGAGAAUACACAUUCAUCCCCAGUGACUCGCAAGCGCAGGCUCAGUGAUUUCAUGGCGGAACAGGAAAACAAUAAAGCACGAAGGAAACGCACACACGCUCGGCCGGAAUCCAGGCGAACAUCGGGCUCCUUUGAAGUGCCCCAACCAACAAUUCCUCCAGGCCAUCACCGCACCGUUCGCUCAGACUUUGACUCAAGUGUAUCGUCUGAAAUGGCCACCAGCUCUUCGCUUUUCCGUCCAAGGUCAUCUCCUUCCAGGCCGAUGUGCCGCUCUGUAUCCGAAUCCCAGUCCUCCUUCGCCAUACCGCAUUCGACGCAGGCACCUGUAAAGCCCGUCAAGAAUUUCAUCGUACCAGAGUGGGCACGUACGAGUACCGCUACCCUACCCAAGCUCUCGAAGGAGGCUGAAGAACGUAUGGCACUGGUGGAGCAGGAGAAAAAGGAGAAACGCGCUGGACGGCGAUCGCAGAAACCAGGAUGUUGGCAACAAGGUGCCAGAGCACCGACCGACCUGUCUUCGGAGGACGGAUAUAUCUCUAGUACGAUGGUACACGUACCUGCUAAAGAGGCAACCAUGCCGCGUCUGCAGAGUGCUCUUUCACUCUCCUUGCCUGUUUUUGCAUCCAACGUAUCUAUAUCGUCUCCCCUUUCGCCUUCCUCCCCUGUGUCAGAGUCACCUCCGGCACCCAGCACACCUCCGCGCAAGACAUCAGUUUUGCGUGUUACGCCACGAAGCCUUGGACCUGACGCCCAACUCCCAAAUCAUUUUGGGGGUAGCGCUGGAAGGACGCCGCACUUUACCUCCCAUCCCCGCACACCUUCACGUACGGGAAAGAAGCCUGUCUUUUCUCCUAUCCACCUUCGCACACCAUCUAUGAAAAUGUCUCCGCUACGACUCGGACUCAGACCGCGCUCAUCCCUCGAAUGGGCUAACAAGUCAGUCGAGAAGCCCGUCGACCGCGAGGAAGAAGAUAUGCUCGGCAGGGAACUCGACGAUGCGCUUCAGGGGCUAGAUGUUCCAGCGGUCAAGCAGCAGGACACGGCGGACGCCAUCGAAACUGGCGAAGACAACAUAACGUUACCUCUAUCUCCCCUUCCUCCCUCUUCCCCACUCCCGCCUACAAGUCCUUUGCUACUUCCUUCCACAGAGGAUUCCAUGGAAGAAUUUAUCGACAGCGACGCGUUCUUUAGCGACUCGGAUGGAAUACCGGGGGACGCAAGCGAGCUUCCGCCGUCUUCGAUCUCGGAUUGGUUUUCGUCGGAUGAUGAUGGUGGAACGGGCAUGGGCGAGUUGCUGACCUUGGACGAAUCUUCAGGCCUGGAUCUUGAAGGUUCUUUUCCACCGAAUGCGUUCGCUGAUAUGGACUUUACGGAGUUUUGGGAGUCGCUUAAGCCUCUCCUUCAGGCAAGCGCAGGUGGGGAGGGGGAAACAACUGUCAGCACGGACUCUGGAGCCACAAUGAAUGGUGUCGAUGUGGACCCUGGAAAGCUUGCUCAGGAGGUACAGGUGCUUUUUAGUGGGUACCUGAUGUGA